CCACUUUGGAGCCGGUGCCUGUAUGCGCCUGCCCUGGAGGAUGGAUCACUGCCUCAUCUACAUCAACGCCUCGCUGCUCUUCUGCUUCAGCUACGCCAGCCUCUUCCUGGUGGAAGCAGAUAGCCCCUCUGCUCCAGUCAACGUUACAGUCAAACAUCUGAAGGCCAACUCAGCUGUUGUGACCUGGGAUGUUCUGGAGGAUGAAGUCGUCAUUGGAUUUGCAAUCUCCCAGCAGAAGAAGGACGUGCGCAUGAUGCGCUUCAUCCAGGAGCUGAACACCACCACGCGCUCCUGUGCCCUCUGGGACCUGGAGGAAGACACCGAGUACAUCGUGCACGUCCAGUCCAUCAGCAUCCAAGGCCAGAGCCCAGCUAGCGAGCCCGUGCUCUUCAAGACCCCCAGAGAAGCUGAGAAGCUGGCCUCAAAAAAUAAAGACGAGGUGACAAUGAAGGAGAUGGGGAAGAAGGACCAGCUUCGAGCAGGGGAAAUUCUCAUCAUUGUCGUGGUGUUGUUCAUGUGGGCAGGGGUGAUCGCCCUGUUUUGCAGGCAGUACGACAUCAUCAAAGAUAAUGAACCCAAUAACAACAAGGAGAAAGCCAAGAGCACAUCUGAGAACAGCACUCCUGAGCACCAGAGCGGAGGGCUCCUGCGCAGCAAGUUUCCAAAAAAUAAGCCCUCCGUGAAUAUCAUUGAAGCGUGACAGCCUGCCAUCAGCAGAGGGACUCCAUUUCCCACUCUCCCUCUCUGCCUCUGAGCCCUGAGGACAUGGAAGGUGAAGUAUUGUUGGAGUGGUCUGGAAAGAGGCCUGUUGGAUGCCAACGUCUGGCAUAAAACUCCUUUUCCUCGGUCUGCAAGGACAUCCGGAGAGAAAGGACAAACUUGCAAAAAACAAAAUCUUCACUGUCUCGGGGGAGAAAAGCUUCUGUGAAACUGAUGCCUCCGGUGAUCCUACCCAGGACUAACAGCUCACCCAGGCUGUGACAGAUCUCCAGUUGCAUCCUCCACCCUCCCUCUCCAUCUCCCAGAGCAAAUCUCCUCUCUUCGGAAACGUACAGGGGUUCAUCCCACUUUUGUUCUGUUUUGCUGUCGCCACGUUUCAACAGUGCUGACAUGGGCUCAGGCAUCACUCGCCACAUCUCCGCUUCGGAGUGACAAGGGGAGAUGAUUUCUCUCUAGAUACAAGCAGCAGCGAGGACCUGGGCUGCUGUGAGCUCUGCUCUCGCUCCCUCCCAUUCACGUUUGUUGUGUAACCAGUUUUGCAGGUGGGUUUUUAAGGAAAAAAGCAAAAUCACAAAAAAAAGGCACCCGACAGUUUCCACCUGGAUGAUCGG